AUGAUAGCAUUUCUCGUCAAGGUCCUUAUCAGCUUUGUUACGGCGUCUUCGGCUUUGCCGGGUGCGCCGGUCAUUGACCUGGGUUAUUCGCAGUACAAAGGCGUGUCGCUCCCGAAUGGCGUCGAUCAGUAUCUGGGGAUGCGGUAUUCAGCGCCGCCGAUCAAGGACUUGCGUUUUCGCGGGCCGCAAGACCCUCUAACGGCUGAUUCCGUUCAGGAUGCAUCUAAGUUUGGUCCUCAAUGCGUUGGCGUUGGGCAAGAAGUGAAUGACGAUUUCGCGGAAGACUGCCUGUUUGUUAAUGUCUGGAGACCUUCAGGGGCCAAUUCGAGCUCUUGGCUGCCAACUUGGCUAUUCAUCCAAGGCGGAGGUUACGCCAAUAAUGCUAACGGUAACUAUAAUGGCAGUGAGGUGGUGGAGCGCUCGGGGCGUGAUAUCAUAUUCGUGAAUUUCAACUAUCGCGUUGGUGCAUUGGGGUUUUUAGCCAGUGAGAAAGUUCGAAAGAACGGUGAUCUCAACUCUGGCCUCCUUGAUCAAAGAAAGGUCUUGGAAUGGGUACAGGAGAAUAUCCAGAAAUUUGGUGGAAGUCAAACGCAAGUCGUCAUCCACGGUGAUUCGGCAGGUGCUGGAUCAGUUGCACACCAUCUCGCGGCUUACAACGGGACAUCUAAUAACAUGUUUUCUGGGGCCAUCGCAGAGUCUUCCUUCUGGCCCACGCAACGGACUGUCGCCGGGAUGGAGUUUCAGUACGAAAGAUUCGUGGAAGAUGUCAACUGUCACAAAGCAGACGACACUCUUGCCUGUCUUCGCGCUGCCGACAUCCAAACCAUUCAAAUGGCAAAUGUCGAUAAGCCAUUUCCGGGCGGGAGCACCAACCCGACACCACUGUGGUACUUUCUCCCUGUCGUUGACGGAAUCCUGGUCACCAGUAGCUUGUAUGAUUCGUUUUCGAGAGGCGAAUUUGUUAGGGUUCCACUCGUGGUCAGCGAUGACACGGAUGAAGGCACCGACUUUGCAUACAAUGCUACAGACCAAGCCGAGGUGGCCCAGUUCAUGAAAAACAACUAUCCCAAGCUCACCCAAGAGCAGCUGGACCAAAUCAACAAAUUGUAUCCCCUCGUGGACCCUCUUCCCAAACACGCAGCAUAUUUCCCAUCGGCAAGUGCCGCCUACGGGGAGUCGACUUUUACCUGCCCUGGAAACAUGAUGGCGGCAGCCAUGGCACGCAACUUCGGCCCUGACAAGGUCUGGAACUCCCGAUACAAUGUCCGGGAUCCCACCGAGAUUGCGAAUGGUAUGGGUACACCGCAUGUCUUUGAUUUGCCUGCGAUCUUCGGAAUUGGGGAAACAAAUGAACCGACCUUAUCGUACGCCAACAUUAACAAGGACAUUAUAAACACCACCAUGGACUACUACAUUAGUUUCGUCAAAAUGCAGAAUCCUAACUACUUCAAAAACGCGAAGGCCCCUGCGUGGAAACCUUGGGGUUCAGGGUCCGGACAGCGGAUGAAGCUUCAGACGAAUUCGACGGAGAUGGAGGCAAUUCCUCUGUCACAGCUGGAUCGUUGUAAGCUGUGGCUGAACCUGGCAGGUAGCAUGGAACACUGA